CCAUCAUGUCAUCUUUCAGUGUCCUUGCUUCAUUUCCGGAGGAUAAUCUCCAGUGUCCGAUCUGUCUAAACGUCUUCAGCGACCCGGUCACCACACCUUGUGGUCACAACUUCUGCAAGACCUGCCUCAGCCAGCACUGGGACAAGAGUGAUUUAUGCAGCUGCCCAAUUUGCAAUAAAAGAUUCCACAUGAGGCCUGAGAUCUCCACAAACAUGGUUAUGGAGAAGAUUUCAGUCCAAAUAAAGAAGAGGAAAGUUGAGACACCUGAAAAUUCUGUUGCACCGUGGAAAGUUGAGACACCUGAAAGCGCUGUUGCACCGGGGCAGGUGAAGUGCGACGUGUGCGCAGACAUGAAGUACAAGGCCCUAAAGUCAUGCCUGGGGUGUCUGACAUCGUACUGUGAAGCCCACCUGGAGCCUCAUCUGAGAGUUCCCUCCCUGAUGAGACACAAGCUGAUCGACCCGCUGGAGAACCUGCAGGAGAGGAUGUGUGAGAAGCACGAGAAGAUCCUGGAGUUUUUCUGCAGAGAUGAGCAGGUGUGCGUCUGUCUGCUGUGCAGGGAGACAGACCACAAAUACCACAAGACUGUGUCUAUUGAAGAAGAAGGGGCUCAACAGAGAGAAAACAUUGAGUCCAAGAAAGCAAAGAUCAAAUUGAUGAUUGAUGACAGAUUUGAAAAGAUAAAGGAAUUCACAGACUCUUCUGAAAUGAGCAGAGAAAAAGCAAAUAAAGAGGUUGAUGACAGUGAUACGCUCUUCAAUACUCUGAUGAAUCAUGUACAAGUGGCCCAUACUAAGCUAAAAUCAAAUAUCGAUAAAAAGAUCCAAAAAUCCCAAGAGAAAGACAAAGUGAUGAUUGAGGAGCUGCAGGAGGAGAUUGCCCAACUGCAGAGGAAGAGCUGUGAGCUGGAGGAGCUUUCACAAAGUGACGACCACCUUCAUCUUCUGCAGACUCUGCAGGCCCUGAGCACCAUAUCAGACGCCAAGGACUGGUCUAAGAUCAGGGUUUACCCAGACCUGUGCGUGCAGACGCUCAGGAGAGCCAUGACUCAUCUUGUGCAAACUUUCCUAUCAGAACUAAAAACCCUGACAGACACGGAACUGACCAGGAUGAGACAGUACAAAGAGUGUGUCACCUUUGACCCAGCCACAGCGGGUUGCCGCCUUGUCGUGUCUGAAUAUGGGAAAAAAUUAAAGUACUACAAAACUGCAAGCCCCUCAUCGUCUGAUGACACAGAGAGGUUCGACUGUCCCAUGGUUUUGGGGACGAAGGGCUUCACCUCUGGGCGUCACUACUGGGAAGUCCAAGUGGGCCUGAGAACUGACUGGGACGUCGGUGUUGCAAAGGAGACGGUAACCAGAACAAGGGUCACGCUGAAAAAAGAAAAUGGCUUUUUCGCUAUAGGAAAGAGGUCUUCUGAAUAUCAAGUUCAUUGUACACCCUACACAGUCCUCCACCUGUGUCCCAGGCCAACAUGUGUAGGCGUGUAUGUGGACUACAUGGAGGGCAGAGUCUCUUUCUAUGAUGUCGAAAGGAAAAUGCACAUUUAUUCUUUCACAGGAGAGUCUUUCACAGAGAAGCUUUUCCCGUACUUCUAUCUGCACAGCUGGGCUAAGAAAUCUAAGCCUUUGGUUAUAAGCUCAAUGUGAGACAAAGCAUUUGUUCUUUCUCUCAUUCGCUCCCUCCAACAACCUAAAGAAUAACAGACCAAAACAAUAACACUAACUGAUUAACCCAUCGAGGCAGCGUUAGACUAGCAACUCCAAAGGUCUGCGAGGUAAAAAUCCGUCAAAAUCGACCACUUAUCCUAAAAGAUUAAUUGUUGAGUAAUGUGAUUGAACAUCCCAAAACGGCUGAGACAUUGUGGCGACGGUGGUUGAAAGCCAAAUAACAUUUUAAAUGUUUUGAAAUAAAGUUAAAAAACCAGCAACGUCACCUAUAGGUUACAAAGAGCCUAGGACUCCAUAAGAACGCUGCAUAGGUUCUAAAAUUGGGUGAGCAGUUCAUUUUUGUGUCAACAACACAAACAACAACAUCCAUAACAUAACACUCCCCCCCCCUAAGGACUAAGCUCCUUCUGGACCACUGCAUCUGAUCUAUGUUUUUUUGUUUUCUCUCCUCUCUAUCUCUUUUAAUU